UUCAUUCUGUGGAGAGCGUAGACCGCUACGGUCCUAUCGUGCCAACCCGGUCUCAUCACCGGGCUGACGGACAGACAGAGAGGGGGGACACGGAGCAGGCGACAAAGGACUGACUGGCCGGCAACAUGGAGCUCAUCUGCCGGUUACAGCCAGCAAGCAGGAAGUGUCUCCUUCCGUAAUAUAUGGCCACCAUGGAGUUGAGAUAAACUUUUCCUCUUUUCUUCGCCAAUCCCGACUGCGGAUCUGAUAUUACCAUGGGUAUUUGGCGUGGUCUACGAGUGGCGUUCAUCCUGGGGUCUUUGUUUAUGAUCCUGCUGAUCAUCGUCUACUGGGACGACAUCGGAGGCUUCAACCUCUAUCCACUGCAGGACCCCAAACACCGGACACUUCAAUCUGAUUCUUGCCCACGGACGACUACAGGCUCUUUGCUUUCUCCCUCCACCAGCAGGGUCCAGAGCAGUUCUUCCCUCACUGUCCCCGCCACCGCUUCCAGUACAAAACCCAUGCCUGAAAAGACGAGGGGAGCAGCUGAAGAACAAAAACAGGAGGAGGGCAAGGACAAACAAGAGCAGGGGAAGGAGGAAACACAGGAAGAUGGGAGGGAGAGGAGUCAGACUUCUGCUGAUGACAGGGAACAGGAGGCAAGGAAGCAGAGGAUCAUGGAUGUUUGUUCAGGACGGGACGAUGUGGAAUUCCCUGGAAGGACUCGGGCAUUUGAGCAGAUCCCCAACAGGGAACUGGAUCACCUGAUAGUCGACGAUACCCACCAGAUUAUCUACUGCUACGUUCCCAAGGUAGCUUGCACCAACUGGAAGAGAGUGAUGGUGGUUUUGUCUCAGUCUCUGAUCUCGCCCUCCUCAGGAAAGCCUUACACUGACCCAGAGGCUGUACCUCCGGACCUCGUACACAACUCCACUCUUCACCUCACUUUUGCCAAGUUUUGGCGCCAUUAUGGUUCUCUGUCCCGCCACCUGAUGGCACUCAAGCUCCAGCACUACACCAAGUUUCUGUUUGUACGAGACCCUUUUGUACGUCUCAUCUCUGCCUUCAGGAACAAGUUUGGAAGACCCAAUGAGGACUUCUACAGGCAGUUUGGUUCAGUCAUGCUGCGUCGUUAUGGUAAUGUCUCUGGGAGUUUGCCAGAGACCGCAGCCGAGGCGUUUGCAGCUGGAAUCAAACCAACAUUUCAGCAAUUUAUCACAUACCUGCUGGAUCCAGAGACUGAGAAGGAGAGUAUGUUCAACGAACACUGGCGACAGGUGUACCGUCUCUGCCAUCCAUGCCAGAUCAAGUAUGACUUCAUUGGACGACUAGAAACCCUAGAACCCGACGCAGAUCGCCUGCUGAAGCUUCUGGAGGUGGAUCAUCUGCUCCGCUUCCCUUCAGGGGCUCGAAACCGAACUGCAACCAGCUGGGAAAGAGACUGGUUUGCACAGAUUCCCAUAACAAUGAGGAGAGAACUGUACAAGCUAUAUGAACCAGACUUUGAGCUGUUUGGUUAUCCCAAACCUGACAGCGUACUACAUCAGUAAUCCAUACAGAGCCAAAGGCCUGGGCACUGCACUGUGUGUAGAGCCCACACCUCACCUACCUGCCUUUAAAGACCAGUCUACAUUGCUGUUUGUUUCAUUUGUUUUGUGCAUACCUCAAAUGACCGAAGGGCCUGCCAGUAUUAUUUUAUUUUUGUCAUCAUUUCAUAUCUGAAGCACACCCGCUUACAAGCUAAGUUAUCCCAUCCUUUCCCCAUGCAAAGGCACUUUCAAUUGUAUUUUGUGAAUAGUAUUUUGGUAUAUCAUGGGGAAAGGGCUGCGGCUAACUGUUUGCUGACAUUUCUGAGGGUAAACAUGUU